GCCUUGAAUCUGCUGUGGGUUGGUUCUGAAAAUGCUGAUGCUUCAGUGGGUGCUGAUGGGGGCCUGUGCUCUAGCGCUCUCCAAUGGCAGUUCAGCAGAUUAUUUGGAUCCAUAUUUGCUGCAAACAAAGAGCCUGCCCAGUGACUUGAACUUUAUGCCAAGCCUCUCGAAUGGCCAUUUGGGCUACACAGUCUUUGGCGAUGCGAUAUUUAUGAAUGGCAUCUACAAUGGCGCCAGUGGAAGAAGCAAGCGGGCGCGUAUUCCCAACUGGCUGAACAUUAGCGCCGAAAUUUGCGAUAAAUUUGGCUGCCUAACAGACGAUGAUGUGGCCGGCAGUGAGGUCAGUUAUGAAAUGGAUUUGCGCAAUGGAUAUUUCCGCUAUCGCAAGGAGUACACCAAACUAGGUCUGACGCUGGAGCAGCGCAGCUAUCCACAUCGCUACUACAAUCGUGCGCUAGUCUAUGAGCUGGAGGCUAAAAGGAGCGCACGUCUCUCAGGUACUGCUGAGCGGAUUAAUUUUCCCCUGUUUCUAAGGCUACGACAACAGCCGGGCAAUAACAGCGACGCCUUUGACUUCGAAGAAGUGAACAGGAAAAGUCGUAGUGGAGAAGAUUAUCGAACGCUUCGUGGUCGCACAAAGAUCUUAGAGUUUGAGCCUUUUCAGCCAGAGCCGCAUGAGAUUUUCGUCGUUUUUAGUGAGUCACUUGAGCAGGAUCGACAAUUGGAAUGGCCCACCUGGCAGGCUUCGCUUCAGCAUCGCAUUAUCAUCUCCAUCGAUCGCAAAGAGGAUGUAGCGCGCAAAGAACUACAGGAUCUGCUUCAAAUAGAACAGCAUGAGAUGCUUAGACGCCACACGCAAGUCUGGAAUGAGUUCUGGGACAACGAAUUCUCCAUUGAUAUCGAAGGAGACCCAGAGCUAAGCCGUAUUGUCAAUGCAGGCAUCUUCUACCUCAGCAGCUCCCUGCCCUCGCUUACAUCGAAUCAGGCGAAUGAGCCCUAUUAUGGGUUGAGUCCCACGGGCUUGGCACGCGGCAAUCUAGAGGCGGACUAUCAGGGCCACAAUUUUUGGGACACCGAGAUAUGGAUGUGGCCCGUGGCUGCACAAUUUCAUUUCGACUAUGGAAAAAUCUUGCUGGACUACCGUCUCAGGCACUUGGAGGCGGCGAAAUACAAUGCGAAUGUGACGGGCUACGAGGGCGCACGUUAUCCCUGGGAGAGCGCCUACACAGGCACAGAGGUUACAAACCCUUGCUGUCCCGAUAUAGCACAGCAGGAGAUUCACAUAUCGCCCGAUAUUUUAUUCACGCUGCAAAAGUACUUUGCGCAGUCCAAUGACAUAGACUGGGUGUGUGAAAAGGCCUGGCCUAUAGCGCUAGAGGUAGCCCAAUUUCUGGUCAGUCGUGCCAGCUGCGAAGAGUCCGAGGAUAUCUGCCACCUGCGCAAUGUUAUGGGGCCCGACGAGGAUCAUGCCGAUGUGGAUGAUAAUGUGUACACCAAUGUAGUGUCCAAAAUCGCAUUGGAGUUUGCGGAGUGGGCGGGUGGCAAGUGUGGCAAUGCCAGCAGCGCAGAGCAGACCUAUCUCUCAUGGCGCGCAUUACACGAUCGCUUACUUAUACUGCACGAUGAGGAGCUGAACUAUCAUCCACAGCAUCAGGGCUAUAAGAUAAAUGCGACUGUUAAGCAGGCGGAUACCAUUUUACUGGGCUAUCCUCUGCAGUUCGACACAAGCGAUUCGCAUCUAAACGAUCUCCACUACUAUGCGAAGGUGACGCGCGAGUCGGGACCAGCCAUGACAUGGUCCAUGUUCGCCGCCAACUAUCUGGGCACCGGGGAACCGGAACGUGCUCAUGAGUACUUCGAACGCGGCUACAAAAGCUAUGUUCGCCCCGAGUUCAAGGUAUGGAGCGAAAAUCCGAUCGGCUAUGACGGCUCUGCCAAUUUUCUAACAGGCAUCGGCGGCUUUUUGCAAGCCCUAAUCUUCGGUUACGGAGGCUUGGACUUUGCCAGAGUAGGUGAUAAAUCGCAUAUGAUAAGCCGCCCGGCCCUCUUGCCACCCAAUGUAGAACGCGUCACUAUCAAAUACAUCAAAUUUGCGAGCAGCAAAUGUAUCUUCCAAUUCCAAAAUGCUAGCUCUAGCUUCUAUUGCCCUGAACUCGGUGGAAAACGUUUUGAGCUCAGUCAAGGCAAUCGAAAAAGCCAACUAAAUGGAAGUUUUAAUGUGACCAUCAAAAAGGGAGAGCCACUGCUGCGCAUAAGCACCUUGUAAGGACAAAGUCCCGUCCGGAAUGAUGAAUCGUUCAUUUGUAUAACUUUUUUAAAUCCAAAUUUAUUGUUUAUAUAAUCCUUCAAAAUAAACUUACCUAAUGCAUUUA